CGUGCUCCUCAGCCUCAGCGCAUACAGCUCGUUUGGAUCCUUCGUGCCAUGCUCAUGUGCCAAAUUGCGAUACUCCUUUAAUUCCUCUUCGUCCAAGGUCCCCAUGCUACCGGCCAGCUCAGCUAGCUCGACCCCCUCGGCGACGCUUAAGCCAAGCUUGUCCCGCACGUUCAUAAACGAACGAUACGUGUCGGCGUCGGCAGUGCCCAGCCAGCGCGUGUUCUUGAGCAGCACCCACAUCUCCUCCGUAGUCAGCCCGAGCUGGGAAUUGGUCGCCAGUUCGUGCAGGGGGCGCAGCUCCUCGACGUCGAUCGGAAUAUCGAGCACGCGGAUCAGAUGUUGCAGCCACGAGGAGCGGCCGAGCUUGGCAUCCUCGAACGCGAGCGUCUCGUCGUGGGCAAACGGGGCCCGGGUGAUGACCCAUUUGUUUCCCGUAUCGCGGCGUACCGGCCUCCAGGCGCUGUCCUCGUCGCUGGCCCGGCGCGGGAUGAAAAAGUGGUGUUCAUCGUCGCGUAGUCCAUCCCCGAGGGCGCUUAGAGCGACCUUGAACGUCAUGUGCGGGUCGAUGGCGAGCCGCUUGAGCAUGGCCGGAACAAAGAUGGGCGGAGGCUCGUCCAUGCCAGAGAGAGCCUCCUCCUCCGCCUCCGAGAGCCGCGGGCGCGCCAUGUAUCCGGCCGAGGCGAGCCUGAGGGCGGCAAUGACAUGCCGCUGCGAUUGCGGGUCGACUGUAACAUAACAAGAAUGUCAACGUUUCAAUGCCUCCGUACGAAGUAG